CUUCCCUUGAACCACUCACCCUCUCUCAAUCCUCCACCUGAUCGACCCCACGACCGAUUAUUCCACGAAAUCCAACAAAACCCACGUAAAUUUCUUCUGAAAUACAUCAAACCCAUCUUCGAAUUUCAGCUAAAGAUCCACCAUACUGUUGCAGAUUGGGUUUUUCACGUACCCAUUACGCGAUAUAAGUUUCACCUUUUUUUGUUGAAAUUUUUUCAAUUGUUCCUUCUGCAUGAUUCAUUGUUGAAUGCGGCAGAGAGGCAGGAGAGAGAAGAUUGAGAAAUUUAUGGUUAUGGAGAGAGGUAAGAUGAGUAAUCAGGUGGCGAGAGUGCGCAGGGAGACGCUAUUGUCAUGCAUGAGAUGCCCUCUCUGCGACAAACUUCUGAAGGAAGCCACGACCAUAUCUCUUUGCCUUCACACGUUUUGCAGAAAGUGUAUAUAUGAGAAGCUGUCAGACGAAGAGGUGGAUUGCUGUCCUGUGUGCAAUAUUGACUUGGGCUGCAUUCCGGUGGAAAAACUCAGGCCGGACCACAAUUUGCAAGAUAUAAGGGCCAAAAUCUUCCCUUUUAGAAGAAAAAAGAUUACAACACCUGAAAUCAUACCUUCAAAUUCAUUGCCCCUUAAAAGGAAGGAGAGAUCUCUGUCUUCAUUGGUGGUCAGUACUCCAAAAGUAUCAACACAGACUGGAUUGACUGGGAAGAGAACAAAAACUAUUGGAAGGAAGAGUGCUGCUUUACGAGGAUCCAGAUGUUCAUUUGAGGAUCCUGUUAAGAAAGAGGAAGAUCCUACGGAAGAAUGCCCAGAAAGCUCACGCUCACCUGACAUUCUAAACAAGAUAAUUCAAAAUAAACGGCAGCUUUCUACGUCAACCGAACCCUGUUAUGAGCAGGAAACUGAAAAAGACGUGAGGAAAGACAUUGAAUUUUGGGAAGGCAACGUCGAUCUGUGGAAACCCUUGAAUUGUCUUGUUGAAGCUGCAAACAGAACUAAGACAUCUAAACUGAAUUCACAAAGCUCAUCUCCUGCCAAAUCUGAGCCACUCGAUGCUCCUGACUUUGAAGUUCACAUGCCUAAGACUAAAGGUAAGGAACAUGGACAGAAAUCCAAAGUUCAAGAUGACAAGAAUGCGACAAGCAUGGUUUCAGCACAAUCAAAACGUAGAAGAUUCCGUGUAAUUGGUCGAAAAAGGGCAGCUGGGGUGUUGUCUGCUUCGUCACAGGCCAUACUUGAUGCUAAAGGGGCUAAAUGGAGCAGGAAAAACAGUCCAAUUUGGUUCUCGUUGGUCGCCUCAGAUAACCAGGCCGGUGAUAUUCCCUUGCCGCAGAUAUCUGCUUGUUACUUGAGAAUAAAGUUAGUCUAUCUGAUUCUUUACUUAAAUUUUAGCUUUGGAUAG